CUUGAACUUUAAUUCGUAGCAAUUGCUUUCUCUUAAUUAUGUGUCCGGUCUCGUCCCUGCAGACAUCUGCUUGAGGCAUGGCCCUUCUUGACAUUGCACACUCAAGCGCUCUAGGUACUUCUUCACAGGGCACCCUGCCAAGAAGAGAUAACUAGGCAUUGGUAGCCUUGUGACGUCCUAAUCAACAUGGUGGAGCGUUCUGAGAACAUUAACCUGGACAUGGAUGUCGGUCCAAGCCCCUUUGAAAGAGCCUCCUCACAUGGCGCUCUGCCAAGGACCAGCAGUGUUGAGCAGACCGUUGCUGAAGGACCUGUUUCAACUCACAGCGGCGAGUUGGCUCGUCGUAGGUUGCCUGGGCACAAGAGGGCAUCCUCUCUAUCGGACCUGUCCAGGCAAGGGAGCAACCCAUUGAAGAUGGGGGUGCCAAAGCGCGUGCCCAGCCUCAACACACAGGUGGAGGGAAAGUGCAGGGAGCUGGGAGGCAUCAAUGCAAUCCACAGUGUGCUCGUGGCUAACAAUGGCAUUGCCGCGGUCAAGUUCAUCCGCAGCAUCCGCAGCUGGGCCUACAAGACCUUUGGCAACGAACGCGCGGUUGCGCUGGUCGCCAUGGCAACCCCCGAGGACAUGCGCAUCGACGCAGAGCACAUCCGCAUGGCCGAUCAAUUUGUGGAGGUUCCUGGUGGCUCUAACAACAACAAUUAUGGCAACGUCCAGCUCAUCGUCCAGGUGGCGGACCGCGCCAAUGUGGACGCUGUCUGGCCCGGCUGGGGGCACGCCUCAGAGAAGCCGGAGUUGCCCAUAGCGCUGUCAGAGACCCCCUCGGGCAUCCGCUUCCUGGGACCCCCUGCCCCCUCCAUGGCAGCCCUGGGCGACAAAAUAGGCUCCACCAUUCUGGCGCAGGCGGCAGGCGUUCCCACCAUCCCCUGGUCAGGCUCUGACGUCAGCGUGGACUAUGAGUCAUGCGGCGGCAAGAUCCCGGCCGACGUCUACAAGAAGGCGUGCAUCCACAAUCUGGAGGAGGCGCUCGUCAGCUGCAAGCGCAUUGGCUACCCCAUCAUGCUCAAGGCCUCCUGGGGUGGAGGCGGCAAGGGCAUCCGGAAGGUGAUGAACGACGACGACGUGCGCGCCAGCUUCAAGCAGGUGCAGGGGGAAGUCCCCGGGUCCCCCAUCUUCGCCAUGAAGCUGGCCCCCCAGUCGCGCCACCUGGAGGUCCAGCUCAUCUGCGACGAGUACGGCGGCGUUGCCUCCAUCUUUUCCCGCGACUGCUCCGUGCAGCGCCGCCACCAGAAGAUCGUCGAGGAGGGCCCUGUCUCCAAGGCCCCUCCAGCAGUGCUGGCAUCCAUGGAGCGCUGCGCGCGCGCUCUGGCCAGAAGUGUCGGCUAUGUCGGCGCCGCCACUGUGGAGUACCUGUACACCCUGGACGACGGCAAAUACUUCUUCCUGGAGCUCAACCCGCGCCUGCAGGUGGAGCACCCGGUGACCGAGUGGAUCAGCGGAGUCAACAUCCCCUCCUGCCAGCUCAUGAUUGGAAUGGGAGUGCCCCUGCACCGCAUCCCCGACAUCCGCCGCCUCUUCGGCAAGGACCCCAAGGGCACCUCCCCCAUCGACUACGAUGCUGAGGCCCAGAUCCCGCCCUCAGGCCAUGUGGUGGCGGUGCGCGUGACGAGCGAGGAUGCCAACGAUGGCUUCAAGCCGACCUGCGGGAGCAUCGACGAGCUGUCGUUCCGCACCUCGCCCGACGUCUGGGGCUACUUCUCAGUAAAGUCCGGCGGCGGCAUCCACGAAUUCUCAGACUCCCAGUUCGGGCACCUGUUUGCAAAGGGCGACACGCGCGAAGCAGCCAUCCGUGCCAUGGUAGUGGCUCUGAAGGAGGUGAAGAUCCGCGGCGAGAUCCGCACCACCGUCGACUAUUGCGUGGAGAUGAUCCAGUCACCUGACUUCGUCGGCAACGCCAUCCACACUGGCUGGCUAGACUCUCGCAUCGCUUCUCACGUGCGCGCAGAGAAGCCGGCCUGGUAUCUGGCGGUGAUCAGCGGCGCGCUGCUGCGCACGCUGGACUUUGUGGCCGCGCGCAGCGCAGAGUACCUGGGCUACCUGGAGAAGGGGCAGCUGCCGCCCGCACGUCUCACGCUCACAGCCUUCGAGGAGGCCUUUGUGUUGGACGGCCUGAAGUACACCGUGAAGGUUUCGCGCCGCGGCCCGCAGAGCUUCCGGGUCUUCCUGGGCAGCAGCCACGUGGACGUGGUCGCGCGCAAGCUCAAUGAUGGCGGCCUCCUCGUCCAGGUGGACGGGCAAUCGCAUGUGGUGCACAGCGAGGAGGAGGCACUGGGGACUCGACUGACCAUUGACUCGCUGACGUGUCUCAUGGCCAACGAGACCGACCCCUCCAAGCUGCUCGCCAUCUCACCGGGCAAGCUCAUGCGCUACCUGGUCCCUGACGAGGGCCACGUUCAGGCGGACCAGCCAUACGCCGAGAUUGAGGUGAUGAAGAUGCUGAUGCCGCUGCUGACGCCGGCGACGGGCACGAUCAACUUCCAGCUGCCGGAGGGCGCCGUGCUGACAGCGGGUGACCUCAUCGCUGUCCUGGACCUGGAUGAACCGGGCGCAGUCACCGCCGCGGCCCCCUACCCCGGGGGGUUCCCUGAGCUGGGCCCCCCUCUGGUGCACAGCCAGGGCGUGGACUACCGCUUCAAGGAGGCCUACUCCGCCGCCAAGAUGAUCCUGGAGGGCUACGAGCACCCAGUGGACCUGGUGAUGGAGGAUCUGCUGAGCUGCCUGGACGACCCUGCGCUGGCGCUGCUGCAGUGGAACGAGGCCUUCGGCGUGGUGCAGACGCGGCUGCCGGGGGAGCUUGCGAUGGAGCUUGAGGGCCUGGCAGUGGAGUACGACGAGACCGAGGACGAAGAAGACGGCGUCGAGCCACUGCGGCCGCUGCGCAACUUCCCGGCUAUCGCUCUCAUAACCGCCAUCCACACCGCCAUCGAGAACACCAAGCCGGUGGACCGCGCGGCGCUGAGCGCGCAGUGCGAGCCGUUGCUGGCGGUGGCAGAGGCGCACGCGGAGGGCAAGGAGGCAUUCGCGCGCAGCAUCGCGACCGAGCUCUUCUCCGACUUCCUGUCCGUCGAGGAGCGCUUCGCGGCCAACAAGGAGGCCACCGAGCAGGAGGUCAUCGAUCAGCUGCGCCAGGUGUACAGCACCAACCUGGGCCAGGUGGUAGACAUCGUGGUGAGUCACCAGGGGGUGGCGACAAAAACACAGAUGGUGAGCCAGCUCAUGUCCUCGCUGGUGCUGCCCGCGCCCGAGCACUACCGCCCGCUCCUGCGCCGCCUCGCCGCACUGGGCAAUGGCUGCGCGGAGGUGGCCUACAGAGCGCAGCAGCUGCUGGAGCACUCGCUGCUCAGCGAGCUGCGCGCGAUAGUGGCGAGAGCGCUCUCCGGCCUGGACAUGUUUGCCGGCGGCCAGCUCUCCGAGCUGGACCUGCUCGGCUCCGACUUCCUUGAAGCGCCCCUGCCGGCCGAGCCGAACGUGCUGACGCGGCGGCCCACGGUGGUGGAGGGACUCUACAGCGGCCUGGGCAGCGGAGCGGCGCUUACCGCAACGCAGCUGGACAUCAAGAUGAAGCUGCUGGUGGAGGCGCCCGCAGCAGUCGAGGACGCGCUGGCUUCUCUGCUGGACCACCACGACGUAAUGCUACAGACGCGGGCGCUGCAGACGUACGUGAAGCGCGUCUACUACCCGUUCCUGCUGCGCGACCCGGAGAUCCACGUGCUGGAGGGCGUGCUGUGCGCGCUGUGGGUGCACACCCACCCCACGUUGGCUGGCAUGCCCCAUGCGCAGACCAGCCUCAGCGUCGCUGUCAUCGUGCCGGCGCUCUCCGGCCUGCCGGCCGCGCUGGCCGCCGUGGAAGACACUCUGCAUUCGAGUCAGGCCAAUAGUAGUGGUGGCACGCCCGGUAUCCCCCGGCACAAUCAUGUCAAUUACAUGGCCUUUACUAACCAGAUGACCUCUAGUAGGGACUACCCAGCUUGGGACACUGUCCGGCUGACAGAGAGGGUUGAUACAGUGCCUGGGUUGCGGGCAGGGUACGAGAGCGUGAGCGUGCUGAGCAAGCACGGAGGCCUGGCGCCGCUGCGGAUCGGGUUCUGGCGCCAGAAGGCGCCCGGCAAGCCGCCCGGCUACGUGCCGGACGCGCUGCUGUGCGCGGUAGAGCCGCCGGCCGCGCAGCUGCUGGAGCUGUCGCGCCUGGCUGCCUUUGGCGAGGGGCUCACCUACGCGCCCAGCCGCAACCGCCAGUGCCACCUGUACGCCGUGACUCAGCGCCGUGACCCGCGCAGCCUCGCCCUCAAGCGCGUCUUUGUCAGGGGCCUCGUGCGCCAGCUGGGCAAGCCGGCGCUGCUGGCGGCCACGUACAAGGGGGACGCUGUCGCGAUUGCGGCAGCUGCUAUGGAGGAGCUGGAGUCCACCCUCGUCGACACCCUGACUCAGCUGGAGCGCUCCUCGCCCGGAACCCCUGGGGAGAAGGGCGAGGCGGCGCGCGCUGACUGGGCGCACGUGUUCCUGUCGGUGCUGCCGCAGCUGCCGCUGAACGCGCCGGCCGACGAGGGCCGCGUGGCCGUGGCACUGCGAGCGGCCGGCGCGACUGUGAUGGCCCGUUACGGCGCCGGACUGCGCCGCUCGGCUGUCGCGCAGUGGGAGGUUCGCCUGCCCGUCCCGGACGCCAGUGGCGCCUGGCGCCUCGUCGUCUCCUCCCCCACAGGGCACGAGAUCGGGGAGGACAGCGUGCAGAUAUACCGCGAGGUGCUGCACCCCAGCGGCGAGCUGAUUUACCAGUCGCGCCACGGCAAGCAUGAGGGCGCCGGGCCGCUGCACCGGCAGCCCAUCCUGGCACCCUACCCGCCGCUGGAGGGUCUGCAGCAGAAGCGCCUGGCCGCGCGCCGCCACAAGACCACCUACGCCUACGACUUCCCCACCGUCUUCGGCAACGCGCUGCGCGAGCUGUGGACCGCGCGCGCCAUCGCCGGCGAGCCAUGCGCCGCCCCCAAAGGCCGACUGGUUGAGGUUGAGGAGCUGGUGAUGCCGCCGGGGGGCACCCACCAGGCGCCCAAGCCGCUGGUGGCAGUGACUCGCCCCGUGGGCCAGAACGAUGUCGGCAUGGUGGCCUGGACGCUCACCAUGAAGACCCCCGAGUGCCCCCAGGGGCGCAAGAUCGUGGCGGUCGCGAACGACAUCACCUUCAACAGCGGCGCGUUCGGCACCAAGGAGGACGCCGUUUUCCGCGCGGCGACCGAGCACGCGCUCGAGGAGAAGCUGCCGCUGAUUUACCUGGCGGCCAACGCCGGCGCGCGCGUCGGGCUGGCCCAGGAGGUCAAGCAGUGCCUGCAGGUGGAGUGGAACAACCCAGCCGACCCCACCAAGGGCUACAAGUUCCUCUACCUCUCCGACGCCGACUAUUCCUCCAUUGCAGCGCGCGCCGACACCGCCGUCCUCAAGGCAGAGCCCUUCUUUGCAGACAACGGCGAGCGGCGCUGGCGGCUGACAGAUGUGGUGGGCGCGGAGGAUGGCUUGGGAGUGGAGUGUUUGAGCGGCAGUGGCGCGAUAGCUUCCGCGUACGCGCGCGCCUUCCGCGACGGCUUCACGCUGACUCUCGUCUCUGGCCGCACCGUUGGCAUCGGCGCCUACCUCGCCCGCCUCGGCCGCAGGUGCAUCCAGCGCGCGGACCAGCCGAUCAUCCUGACGGGCUACGCGGCGCUGAACAAGCUGCUGGGCCGCGAGGUGUACACCAGCCACAUGCAGCUCGGCGGACCCAAGGUCAUGGCCGUCAACGGCGUGAGCCACCACGUGGUCGAGGACGACCUGGCCGGCUGCGCGGCCGUGCUGCAGUGGCUCUCCUUUGUGCCUGCAGUGCUCGGCAGCCAGCCGCCCACGUUGGUCGGCUCCGACCCUGUCGAGCGCCCCAUCGUCUACGCGCCCGGGCCAGGCGAGAAGCUCGACCCCCGAGCGGCCAUCGCGGGCCGUAGCGCGUCGGCGGCUCCGCCCACGAGCGGCGAGCCAUGGGCCAGCGGCCUCUUCGACCGCGGCUCCUGGAUCGAGUGCCAGUCCGGCUGGGCGCGGAGCGUGGUGACCGGGCGCGCGCGGCUUGGGGGCGUCCCCGUCGGAGUCAUCGCCGUGGAGACGCAGACCGUCAUGCUCAACAUCCCCGCCGACCCCGGCGCCCCCGACUCCUCCGAGCGCAUCAUCCCCCAGGCUGGGCAGGUGUGGUUCCCAGACAGCGCGCUGAAAACGGCGCACGCGAUGGAGGAAUUUGACCGUGAGGGCCUGCCGCUUUUCAUCCUCGCCAACUGGCGCGGAUUCUCUGGCGGCCAGCGCGACCUCUUUGAGGGCGCCGGCUCGCUGAUUGUGGAAGCGCUGCGGACCUACAGGCAGCCGGUGACUGUGUACCUGCCCCCGGGAGCAGAGCUCAGGGGUGGCGCCUGGGUCGUCGUUGACGGCCAGAUCAACGCCGAACAGGUUGAGAUGUAUGCGGACCCGGUGGCGCGUGGCGGAGUGCUCGAGCCGGAGGGGAUCGUGGAGAUCAAGUUCCGCGCGCCAGACCUGAUCAAGGCCAUGCACCGACUCGACCCGGUCAUCGCGCGCAUCAAGGCCGAGGACGGACCCAACUCGGAGGCGGAUCUGCGCGCCCGCGAGGCCGCGCUGCUGCCCGUCUACCGCCAGGUGGCGGUGGCGUUUGCAGAGAUGCAUGACACGCCUGUGCGCAUGGUGGCCAAGGGCGUUCUGCACGGCAUUGUGCCCUGGCCUCAGGCCCGCUGCUUCCUCGCCACGCGGCUGCGGCGCAGGCUGGCAGAGGAGGAGAUCAUCAAGCACAUCACGACGACGGACGGCGCAAUCAGACGCUCGCAGGCGCUUGGCCUGCUCCGCUCCUGGUACCUCGGCAUGCCACAUGUCAAGGGCUCGGCCGCGCCGGCCGGCCCGGCCCCCGGCGUGGUGCUGGACCUUGCUCGCAGCGCUGCGGACGAAGGCGAGGCGCGCGCGUGGGCCGACGACGGGGCCUUCCUGGCCUGGGCCGAGGGCGGCGGCGGCGCUUCGAUCAUUGCCGCUGAGCUCAAGGCGUUGCGAGCUGCCGCGGCAAGCAGGGCAGUGCAGAGCCUUACCAGGAGCGUGGAGGGACGAGAUGGUCUGCUGAGUGCACUGGAGCGUGCCAUCAAAGACGACGCGCCUCUGCGCUUGCAGCUCGAGCUGCUGUUGAGGCCAGCGAUGGCAACACUGCCACGUAAACCGCGCGAGCAUUGAUGCCGUGCACAAAGGACACUCUGGAAUCUUUGAGUCUUGAAUACUGCGAUGCAGCGUUUAAGAAUUGGCACUUGUGUAAUCUGGAUGUCUUGCAGAGACAAGGCUGGCUUUGUUCUUGCGGGCGCCAUGAAAAGCAGUGCUGCCAACAGCCGCCCAGGAGCGCAUAUGAGGGCUAUUUUUUUACUGGCAAUUUUAUCAUUUACCUGCCUCCAUACCGUAGACUCUACCUGGAGGUUGUCUAGAGACGUACCUUGCCCUCUGCGCCCAGUUGGGUUGAAGCACCCUUCACUAUUUACGGUAUAUGACGAGCGUUUCAGCCUCACAAAGAAUACGACCGCAGCCAAUACUCUGGAUACUAUCACGCCUAGUAGGUGAGAAUACUUUGGGCUCCUCUAUGUGUCAGCAGCAGUGCGCAUUGUCAAGCGUCCUUGUCUCUCAGCCACCAACUUGAAGGUUUAAUUAUGAAGUUCAUGAUACCCUCGUCCCAUCUUGGCAAGGGUUCCUCACACUCGCCUAUUCUAAGGAACACUUAAGUGUCUGGGACCAGGCCUCCUAGGCCUAAUUGAAGUCCGACUCGGAGUCCGUGCUCUUUGAAUUGCUAAUCGUAUACAAGUUGGUGGCACUGCCUACUUGGUGCCUACAAGACCAUCAUGAU